CGACCAUCACUUUCCCACGUCUCCUCACUUUUUGUGGGUUCGACUGCCGGUUUUGGAUCAUUCAUGUGUUUCUUUUCUUUGUUCUGUCAUUGAUUGACAUGCCAAUCAACAAAAUAAAUGUGCCGAGCGAUCAAGCAAGGAUGCCACAAAACUCAUGAAUUGAGGGUUCUGUGACAGCACACAUAACUAAUAACCAAAAUAAUGUUGUUGUUGGUGCUCUUGUUCGUUCUCGCAACCCUGUUGUUGAUGCCACCACCCACGUUGGCUUCCUGCAGCUAUAGUACCACGGUAACGACCGACAGUUGCUGCAAUGGAGCCAAGUUUGGGGAGGCAUCCUCCAAUGGACUGGUCUCAUUUGCUGUGGAGAGUGGAGGCGUCGUGACUUGUUCCGUCGCCUGCAGCAGCGCCGGAGCUCUGUUUUACCUGAAGCUCGAUGGUAUCGCUUCCGACACCAAUUUCGAUGCCGAUGGUGCCACGUCUUGCCCAAGCACUCCGGAUGAAUUCCAAUACAUUGCCCCAGCCGAAACAAGUGGUGUGAGCUUUUACAUUUACGGCGACGCCAACUCGGACUAUGCCAUCGACUGCUCUUGUGACCAACCCGGGACAACACCAACACCAACCAGUAGUGAUCCCGACGGAAGCAAUGGAUGCUUCUCGGCAACCUCCACGGUACAAGUCAGAGAUCAGGGUCGUACGCAAAUGAAAGAUCUUCAGCUGGGGGGCUAUGUCUUGACAGGCAAUCAACAAUAUCAACAGGUGUACAGUUUUGGUCACCGUCAGGAAGGGGGUCAAUCAGAAACCUUCUUCCAGAUCUACACAACCAGCAACGACACGCACAGCCAUAACCCACCACUUGAAAUGACUGGUAACCAUCUGAUCUUUGUUAUGGAUGCGACGGAUCAGACCAUCAUAAAGACGAAACGAGCAGAUCGCCUACAAGUAGGCGACUUUCUCGUGGACAGCAACCAACAGGUGAUUCAAGUCACCCAAAUUGCGUCCACUCUAAAGAGUGGCCUCUACAUGCCAUUGACACCGGAUGGUACAAUCGUUGUCAAUGGUAUCUUGGCGUCUACGUAUGUGUCAAUCGAUGGAGAGGCUCCUGCAGUGGUGGAAACAACUGGACUCUUCCCGUUUCUGUCGUCCGAGCAAGAUCUUUUGCACUGGUGGUUGUCGCCGUAUCGACUGUUCUGCAUUGGUGUCAGCUCGGAGUUUUGCUCUCGAGGACCAAGAAAGCAACAAGCCUCUGACGAUGGAAUACUUCCAUGGCUCAAGCUGGGGCGUCAUUUGGCCAAAACUGUAGAAUCCAAAAGCCUUUGGGUGAAGGUUGUCAUUGGCGCGCCGAUUUUUUGGUCUUUGCAAUCUUCAACCUGGCAGAGCAUCUUUUCCUUGGCCCAUCCAUGGCCCCCCUCUUGAUUGGUGCCAUCUUUUUGGUGUCACGCCAGGUGGAUGCAUAUCGUACUCGUCGACGAGGAGGUGUCGUUUCUGCUGCAAAGAGUCCCAUGAGGCGGCUACGUGCCAAAAAGUCCGUCUCGUUUUCUUUGCCACCACCAAGAGAAAAGAGCCUUAAAAGCCGAUCAAGCUAUUGAUUCGAUCGGGCACGGAUCUGGAUCCUACAGUAUAGCUAUGGAGUGCUGGGAUCCGUCUUGAAUAGGAAUGUAUCAAUAGGAAUGUAUGUAACUGUAGCAAGCAAUCUAUACACAAUGGAUGAGCUGAUGCCACGAUCCCCCCCCGGACGACCUAAAGGUCAAGCUGAGCCAAAUCUACUUUUAAAAGUAAGACUCUGAGAGCAGGCUAAAUCAAUCAACGCACAGACACAAACAAAGCGAGUAAAGUGGCGGUCUUAGUAUGAUAAAAUUAUCUAUUUUCCCAACUUCA